ACAACCGGCUUUCAAGUGGCCACUUCUCUGUUGUGUGCAGUGAAAAAACAAUUUAAAAAUGGGUGAUGUUGAGAAAGGCAAGAAUAUUUUUGUUCAGAAAUGUUCCCAGUGCCAUACUGUGGAAAAGGGAGGCAAGCACACGUCUGGCCCAAACCUCCAUGGUCUGUUUGGAUGGAAGACAGGUCAUGCUCCUGGAUUCACUUACUCAGAUGCCACCAAAAACAAAGGCAACACCAGGGGUGAGGAGACACUGAUGGAGUACUUGGAAAAUCCCAAGAAGUACAUCCUUGGAGCAAAAAGGAUCUUCACUGGCAUUAAGGAGAAAGACUUGGUAGAUUAUCUCAAAAAAUAG